AUGAAUGAAGGUCCGAUGGAAAACUUAUCCAUUGAUGAAACAAUUGCUAAUCUAAUGGACUCUUCUGAGUUCGAAAUCAAUAGCCAAAAUAGAAGGAAAGGAAGAUUAAUAGAACUUUAUGAUAUCCAGGAAGAAAUUGAAAAAAGAUUUACGAGAUUAAAUGCAUAUGCAAAGAAAUUAGCAGAUACAAAGCAACAACUUGAUAAAGAGCGUAAUGAUUAUGGAAUUGAACUUCUAAACAAAAUCAAUCAGAUUGAAUCACAAGAAAAUGCAGCAGAAAUUAAAAUAAAACAGCUUAAACGAGAAUUAGACGAUACAGAGUCUCAUAUUUCAGAAAUGGAACUUCAAAAAAUAUCAACCGAACAAAAAAUUCGAAAACUUGAAGAAAAUUGUACAACAUCUGAAGCUCGUCUAAUUACAGUUACCCCAAUAGAUGAAGACAAACUAAAUCAAGAUAAUAUUACCCCGAUCAUCGAGGAAAUAAAAUCAAUACAAACUUUAAUCAAAGAAACGAAACAACAUUCUAAACAGAUUAGCGAUGUUAUACAAUCUCAUGCGAAAGACAUAGCAUUUACUAGGAAAGAAGCUCAAAAAGAAAUCAAUCACGCAGAAAAAUACUCAAGAGUCAUUGCUAAUGAAAAAACAAGAUUUAAAGAACUUUCAAGCAAUGAAAAUUUGAAGUCAGAAUCAUUUUCGUCUAAAAGGAAUCAAAUUCUCGAGCAUAAAGAUCAAAUGAGGAACGAUAUCGAUAAUAUUAACAGUAACAUGGGAAUUAUCAUUGCAAAAAUAAAUAAACUAAACGAAGAUGAACAGAAAAUCAAAUUAGAUAUUGAAAAGAAACAAAAAAUUAAUGAUGAUUUGAAUUCUAAACUUGAAAAACGAAAAAAUGAUUUGUCAUUAAUGCAAAACAAGAUAAAAUCAGCUAGAUCAGAAAUGAACAGAAGAAAGAGACAUAAAAAAGAAAAUUUAUUGAGAAUUAUUGAUUUAUCUUCUCAAUUAGAAAUAACUCGAUCAACACAAAAGGUAGUGAAUGGAGAAAUGGAAAAGAUGCUUGAACACAGAAUGAACAUCCAGCAGAAACUUGAAGAAGCCGAAAAUGAUUAUAAAAUUUAUGAAAUGGAUGAAGAUGAGUUAAAAGAUCAUCUAAAUUACGUCGAAACACAAAUGAUGAUUGCUGAAUCAGACAAAAAUAGCAUAAUGGCAGAGUUACAAAGGCUUAGACAACAAAAACGUUAUGAAAUGAAAGAUUUAAGUUUGAAAUUUAUUAAAGCAUCACGAGUUUGCGAUGAAAUCGUGAUAAAAGAAAAGAUUGAAUUAGAGAUAUUGUCCAAACUAGUAGAAUCAAAGAGAGAUCUUGUGAAAAUAAAAAGAUUAAAGAUUAAUAUCCUUAAAAAUAAAUUAAAUGACCUGACAUCCAAACAGAACAUAGUUGAUGAUCCAAGUAUUCACAAAACUUAA